GCACCUUCCUCUCACUCUGCAUUGGAGAAAUACAAGCUUUUGUACAACACACAAAGAAGAAGUGUGAGACUUUGAGAGAUUUUUAGGAAAGAAAGCAAGAAAAAGGAAAAAAGAGUGCUUAGAGAGAUGGCAACUUUCCCAGUGAUCAACUUGGCAAAGCUCAACGGUGAGGAGAGAGCAGCAACCAUGGAGAAAAUCAAGGAUGCCUGUGAAAACUGGGGUUUCUUUGAGCUGCUGAACCAUGGGAUUCCCCAUGAUUUUCUUGACUCUGUUGAAAGAUUGACAAAAGAACAUUACAAGAAAAGCAUGGAGCAGAGGUUCCAGGAACUGGUAGCAAGCAAGGCCCUGGAGGGUCUCCAGGCAGAGGUGACUGAUAUGGAUUGGGAGAGCACAUUCUUCCUGCGCCAUCUCCCUGAGUCAAACAUGGCUGAAAUCCCAGAUCUCGCUGAUGAAUACAGGAAGGUGAUGAAAGAAUUUGCAUUGAAAUUGGAGAAACUAGCAGAGGAGCUCCUGGACUUGUUGUGUGAAAACCUUGGAGUAGAGAAAGGAUACCUGAAAAAGGCCUUCUAUGGGUCAAGAGGACCAACCUUUGGCACCAAAGUCAGCAACUACCCACCAUGCCCAACACCAGACAAAAUCAAGGGACUCAGAGCCCACACAGAUGCUGGUGGCAUCAUCUUGCUCUUCCAAGACGCCAAAGUGAGUGGCCUCCAGCUUCUUAAAGACGGCGAGUGGAUCGAUGUUCCUCCCAUGCGCCACUCCAUUGUAAUUAACCUUGGGGAUCAGCUCGAGGUGAUCACCAAUGGCAAAUACAAGAGUGUUGAGCACAGAGUGAUCGCCCAAACCGACGGAGCUCGAAUGUCAAUAGCUUCAUUCUACAACCCUGGCAGUGAUGCUGUUAUCUACCCAGCACCAGCUCUGCUGGAGAAGGAAGCAGAGGAGAACAAACAAGUCUACCCGAAAUUUGUGUUUGAAGACUACAUGAAGCUAUAUGCUAGACUGAAAUUCCAGGCCAAGGAACCAAGAUUUGAAGCCAUGAAAGCCAUGGAAACAACUGUUCCAAUUGCAACAGCAUAACAGCUAGAGCUUAGCUUUGACUUGAUGAGAAAAGGAUUUUAUCUAUUCUAAACUUUUUAGUGGUGUGAAAAAAAAAAAACGAACCAAAAGAAGUCAGAGCUUACUGUUGGUGUGUGUUAAUUUAUUAUUGUAAACAGCAACAACAACUUCUAUUCUACAAUAGUAUUUUAUUAUUACGCAAUAAAAGGACCGGAUUUGUCUCA